UUGAUUGAGUUGAUCGUUUAUAAGUUGUUAUUGAUUAUCAUCAUUAUCGUCAUCGUCAUUAUCUGAAUUGAACGAGAUCAACAAUUUACCAUCGAUUUAAUAGAAAUUAUAAUCUCUCAUCUUGUUGACUUUGUGUUUCUAUUCUCUUUUUCAUCGGUGUUUUUUUCCUUUUACUGAUUUUCAUCAACACAAUAUUUUUCUCUCUCCUUCUGAUAAGUGAAAUUAUUUUUCUAUUAUUUCCUUUACUUUAUAUUUUCGAUUUUUUUUUUCUCUCUCUCUCUCACCCUGUCUUUCUGUAUCUGUGUCUGUGUCUUUUUCUAUUCUGUGCCUUUAAUCUGUUUGAAGCGAAAAGUUUGCUCCAUUUUUCUGCAACCAUUUUAAUGUCAGUGUCUCGUACGAUACCUAAAUUAAGAUCACUCGGUUAUGAUGAGUAUUCAAAGAGUUUACAGAAUUCAUUUGAAGUUGAUGACCUUGAUUUCACCGAGGGAAGUAGCACCGAGCUGAGCAGCGAUGAAUGUGACCACGAGUUGCAGCCAUAUAAUCAUCACUGGAGGAUAGUUCGAAAUGUACUUCGUUGGUCACCGUUCGUACAAACCUACAAAAAAGUGAAGUAUCCUUGGAUCCAAUUAGCUGGUCAUCAAGGUAAUUUCAUUUCAGGAACCGCGGGGACAAUUCUCAAGAAAAGUUGUGGUGAAGAAGAAAAAUGUUUCCAGAAAUUAGUUGGUGACCCUUUGAGUGAGUUCGUGCCUAAAUUCAGGGGCAAAACCAUUUCCAAUGGAGAAGAAUUUCUCGAACUAGAAGAUUUAUUAUCUAAAUUCGACUGUCCCAGUGUGAUGGAUGUUAAGAUUGGAUUGCGAACUUAUCUAGAAGAUGAACUGAUUAAAGCUCGAGAAAAACCUAAGCUUCGCAAAGAUAUGUUUGAGAAAAUGAUCGCCGUGGAUCCAGAUGAGCCCAAUGAAGAGGAGCGAAGAUUAAAAGCCGUCACUAAACCUCGAUAUAUGGUUUGGAGGGAAACCAUUAGUUCAACAGCGACGUUAGGAUUUCGUAUUGAUGGUAUCAAAUUUAAGGAUGGAACGACUAGUAGAGAUUUUAAAACAACGAAAACGGAGACUGAUGUAAUCAAAUCAAUUCAAAAGUUCACCGAGAACAGGCAUCUAAUCAUUGUAAAAUAUUUGGAAAGAUUGAAGAUUUUAAAACAAACCUUAAUCAAGUCGCAGUUUUUUCAAACACACGAGAUCAUUGGAAGCUCAUUAUUGUUUGUCCAUGAUUUGAAUAAAGCAGAUAUUUGGAUGAUAGAUUUUGCCAAAACUUAUCCAGUUCCGAAAAACUUGACGAUAACUCAUUUGAACGAGUGGAUGAUUGGUAAUCAUGAAGAUGGUUAUCUAAUUGGAAUAGAUAAUUUAAUCAAGAUAUUCACAGUUCUGGAAGCAUUAACAAUUAAGCUUUAACACUUGAUCAUCAAUCCCUCAUUCUCAUUGAUUAAAUUGACAUUCAUCACCAUAUCGUCCUCAUCAUGAUGAUGAUCAUCAUUAUCAGUUAUAAAUAUCCAUAAUGGUUAUAUAAAUUUCAAUAUUAUUUAUAUCUAAUUGUCAACCAUUAGCACAAAUUGAUUGAUUGAAAUCAUUGAUUACAAUCAAUUACAAUCAAGAAAAGUUUUGAUUUACAAUCUACCGUAUUAGUAUUAAAUAAUUUAAUCUGUUGCUCUCUCAAUUUACCAACCAUAAAUUUCUGAAUCUACCAAUCAAAGUUGAACUGAAUUAACAGUUAAAUGUAAAUAAUCAAUGUAAUUGUUAUGUAUUAUUAUCAAUCUGUUUCCUUUGUAAAUCAAGCCAAUCCUUUUUUUCAGUUGAAACUUUGAUUGAAACUUCCUCGAUUCAGAAAUAUAAUUAUUGCAGACAUGUCACCAGUUUCAUCAUCCAAUCAGGGUGAUGAUCAUGAUGAUAGAAAGAUAUUCUGAAAUUCAACUCAUAUCUUCACGACCACCAUAUUCCUGCUGAUUUAAUCAUUCUGUCAACAAGAAUCAUCAAUGACAUGAAAUGAAAGAGAGAUUGAGAGAGCCGAAGAAUAAUUAUUCAUCAACAUUAUCUACUUUUUGUCAAUCUAUUUUUUCACCAGCAAAUAUUGAUUCAGAUUCAGACUAAUAUUAUUUCAAAUGAUGAUAUUAAUUUAAUAGCAACAAUCAAAUCAAACAAUCGACUCGACCGAACCAUUAAUUACAUUUCUUGUUUUCUGUACUUGCUCUCCUUCAUCAACUGUUUUGUACAAUAUCAAAAUCUAAUAACUAAAGAAUUAAAAAAAUUUCAUUCCAA